CAAAAAGGAGAAGAAAAGAAGAAGAAAGCGCGCUCACCGCCCCCAGGUCGAACUGCGCGGGAAGAUGCCGAGGUCUUCAAACCUUGGAGGUUUCUGAAGCUUCUCUAAAAUUCCGACAUCACUUUCGCCGGAAGUUUCAAAGAUUUCCCGUCGCUCUUUUCAGCGCUUGAAUUCUCCUUUUUAUCUUAUCGUCGGCUUAGUCCGGGGGAAAUUGUUGAGUAUGGCAAGUUCAGGAGAUUAUCUUUCCCAGAUUGACAUUUCGAACGAGGAAAAGGACAAGCUCGUGGCGGAAGUUAUCCGCUAUAUCAUAUUCAAAACUCAUCAAAAUUCUGGAUGUCCCAUCAAAAGGGAAGAGCUUACUCAGAUCGUAACAAAAAAUUAUAGGAAUCGAGGAUUGCCGGCUAUUGUGAUAGAAGAAGCUAAAGAGAAGCUGUCAAGCAUUUUUGGUUAUGAGUUGAGGGAACUUCAAAGAGCACGGCCUUCAUCCACUGCCCAAGGGCACCCUCCUCAGCAUAAUGUUGUAGAUUCAAAAUCCUAUGUUCUCAUAAGCAAGCUUCCUGCGGAGGUUUAUAGAAAGUAUGUUGAGGAUGUCGAUACUGCACACGUGACUGGUUUUAAUUUUGUUGUAGUUAGUAUUGUACAUCUGGCUGGAGGCAAAAUUCCUGAAGAAAGCCUUUGGCAUCACUUGAGACGAAUGGGGUUGUCUGAAAAUGAUGAAAAACAUCCAGUCCUUGGCAACAUCAAGGAGGCAGUAGAGUUGCUUGUCCAGCAAAGAUAUCUGCAGAAGGCCAAAAUAAAUGGUCCUGAUGGGAAUAUCACGUUCUACGAGCUUGCUGAAAGAGCUAUAGAUGGACCAGUUAGUGAAAAGAUUAAAGAAUAUGUAGCACAGAUCGUCAAUAAAAAUGUUACUACAGAAGAGGGCUGACUAUUGUCUCAACAUUGCCUCUAGCUAAAUUAGUAGUUAUGUUGGAUCUUCCAAGGAUCUUGAUGACCUCAAACUUCGCAAGGUGUGUUCAGGUUGGUCAUUUUGAAUUGAAUGUAAUUAGUCUACAUGUAUAUCUGAUACUUCAAUUCCAAUUGAAUAGAUUGGAGUUGUAUUUAUUGCAUUAAAUAUUGUAUGUUACUGCUAUUUAAUAUUUUAGGUGAGUUGGGGUAAGAGCCCAUCACGUUCAUUCUUCAAUUACACAU